CUCAACGAUAGACAAUUGACCAUUUUCGGCCUUUUUACGUGCAUGAAUCUCACUCGAAAUGGGAAGCGGAAAGCCAAGAGGUCUAAGGACAGCUCGCAAGCUGCGCACUCACCGCCGAGAUCAGCGAUGGCAUGACAAGGAUUACAAGAAGGCUCACUCAAGUACUGCUCUGAAGGCCAACCCGUUUGGAGGUGCCUCUCACGCCAAGGGCAUUGUUCUGGAGAAGGUCGGAGUGGAGGCCAAGCAGCCCAACUCUGCCAUCCGCAAGUGUGUCAGGGUGCAGCUCAUCAAGAACGGCAAGAAGAUCACAGCUUUCGUACCCAACGACGGUUGCCUCAACUUCAUCGAGGAGAAUGACGAGGUCUUGGUUGCUGGAUUCGGUCGAAAGGGACACGCCGUCGGUGAUAUCCCCGGAGUUCGAUUCAAGGUUGUGAAGGUGGCCAAUGUCUCACUGUGGGCUCUCUUCAAGGGCAAGAAGGAACGUCCUAGGUCAUAGAUGGUUUGGCAAAGGAUUACUAUCAAUAAAAUAAACAUGUACAUGUAGGCAA